CAUCUUUCGCCGACGUCAAUGACUGCUACAGAAGUCGAAAUAGCUCAACAAAAAUGUUGCACUGUUGACAAGUAGUUAAGUCGUGUUUGCUUCAUAAUAGAUAGAUUCAUAAAACGCAGCAUCUGUGCUAUGGCAUGGAGGGAUGUGUGUACGCUGUACGUGUACGUGCACAUUGAAGCGCAAAACGAUCAUAAAUGCGGUAAUUUUGUACGACAUUAAGUGUAAAUGGUAGUUGUUGUGCACAAAUUGGCCAAGUAAACACACACAAAUAUAUGUAUCGUUCAAACAUUGAGUGACAAAUAUGUACUUACACUUGUCAUGAAUGCUCGAUUUUACGAGACGAUGAAAGAUAAAUAUCCACGUUGAUUGAUGACUAUUUUCAAUCACAAAAUGGAAAAUUGUUACAAACGGAGAAGAAAACCCAGACACGAAGCAUUAUUAUUGGUAUUAUAGCAAUUGUUUGGUUUCUCUUGCAUUUAACCGCAUGUAUCCUCUGCAAAACAUAGAUUUAUUACCACUUAAUAGUUAAUUAGCGGCCGGGCAAGAUUGGCCAUUAUUAAUUUAUGAAUUUAUUGGUGUUACACAUGACUAUGGUCUCAUAUAUCGCAACCAAUUUUAUGAUACAAAAAUGACCUCUAUGUGGUUGUACGGGGAGCGCAAUUGCCUUGGAAUUUCACAUAAUAUUUAUACGCUUCACCUCGUCGUAGUUUGAUUGUAUAUUGAAGCACAUAUUGAGUGCACGUGUGCGGUUGAUCUUGUUGACCUCCCGAUUGGAGUGACAUUAUCAUAUUAAAUAUUACUGCGGUAUUGGACAUAAUUAUCAUAUAAACAUAGCAGAGAUUUGCCGUCAUAUACUUUCUGACUCUAGAAGUCAGUUUGCAUAUCAUAUCAUGUUGCCCAUUACUCAUUUCACUGAAUUUUAGCUAUGCGUUUUUGGAGGAAAAAUUCCCAGGAAUAAUUUUCUUUAACAAUGUUGCGGAUGAAAUAGUUUUGACAGCAAUAUCAUAGAGCCAAUAUGCCUCACAGUGGGGCGAAUUCCAAUGGAACAUGCUAUUUAUUCAAAUUUCAUACUCGAAAUUCUUUAACAAUUAGCCAAACAAUUCAUAGACUAUGAAUCAUAGUCAUGAAAAAAUCGAUUAUAACUAUAGAGUAAAUUGUUGUUAUCAAUUUUCAACCUUUUUUAUGUAUUUAUUUGAAUAUGCUGAAUAAAUUGUUGCCAUACACAUCAAAACAUCCUGCAAAUUGCGCAGGGGCGCCAUUCAGAUUGGCUUUCUUGUGUGAGAAUCUGGUUCUAUCGAUCUUCGAAAGAACUGUUUCUGUAACUAUAAAGUAAUGCAGGUAAAGUAAAGUAAAUUUAUGUAGUGUAGUAAUGGUCCAUGGUCCAUAGCUGUGUGGCCACACAUCAAUAAGCGGUUUAUUAUUUUCGGAUGCUACAACGACUGACUUUAUUUCAAACUUAUGCCAAGAAUGUUACCAUAAUCCCUCUCCGCUCUAUGUACAGUAAUUAAUCGAGGAAUUCGCCGAUGGGACCAAAAUUGUUUGGUUCUUUCCUUUUAAUCUUCUUAAAUGUUAACUUCAAUAAAUGUUCGAGUUACUUGGAACAGUUUUCCAUUUCUCAAAGCUAUUGUUUCAGGUGUUUUCGGUGUAUUUUGGUUUGGCUGCAUUGUGUCCACAUUUUUAAACGUUUUUCCGAAAUACUUUUAUCCUACAGUAUUUAACUUUAGAAGAAUUUAAGAAUUACACUGUGAAAAUUCGAAAGCCAAUUGCAAGUAGCCUCGAAAACUGUGAACGUAGAGAGAGUAAACAGAAUUGGAAUUUCGAAAAAUAAACUCUUAAACAAGACUUUGUUUCAGAGAUCAUUUGUUUGCUUUAUACUUGUUUGUUUUACAAUACGAUUUCCAUGCGACCCAAACAACGGUAUACAUUUUGUUGACGUAUCUCUUGAUAAUAUUUUAAAAGAGAAAUUAAGAUUUCUUCCGUUCCAUAAAAUGAUGAUUACAAAACCAUGAUCAACAUUUAAAAGGAAUUAAAACCGAAAUUCCUUUCAAAAUGUCCAAAAGUUUCGGAAAACGGAGAGAGAGCUUGCACGCAUUCAUGUGGCAUUGCAUGAUUGUACUGCUACUCCAUCCAUCCAUUUGUUUCAAUUGAAGCGAACAAGUUUCAUAAAUCCAAACAUAAACGCAGCAGCACAUGUACACAAUUUCGGGCCAAAUUUCAGCAAACAGCAAAAUCCCAUUUACGUCACACAUUUUCUCAUUUCUGUCGUAUUCCGAGAUAUUGAAUGUGUAAUGGUAUUUGAAUGCUAACAAAUACACACCCUAUGCGUUUUUGCAUGAACGCAAACAACGUUCGCGUCCGAGGGUAUGUCUGUCGCAAAUCAUGCUAUUGGGGCUGCCACUAAUGUUGCGCUGCCGUAUGAAAUGCACGGUACGUGUUGUGGGGCGCAUGCUCAAAAGCUUCCGUUCAUUUUUCUUCCUUCGUCUUUGAUGAAAAUCCGAAAGUGUAUGGACAUUCGCAGCAUCCGACAGUAGCGUCGCCAGUGACAACAAUAACAAAAUACACACUCUCUGCAUUCACACAUAGAGAAAUAAGAAGCGACUCUCUUCUUCGUUCAGUGCAACAUUUACGGUCGAUGUGUGCGUAAAAGUGAACAUUUUCUCCAUACAGAAAAUUAAAUAAUUUCGAGUGUAGACGAUUUUUUUCUUAUUUCAAAUAUUAAAAUUGUCACAAACAAUUGACGGACGUUUGGAAAAAUAUCAUUUUAAAUCGUUUUAAUUGGUGGCAAGUGAAGAAAAUUCAGCGAAUGAAAAUCGAUGAGUUUGAUUGCUGUCAAAGUUGCUUGAAAAACCAUCCAUUUUCCGUGUUCGCAAGGAUUGUGCGUAGUAAUGUAGAAGAGCCAUAAUGUUGAACGCUUUCAUAUGUUUUUGCUUUGCAUUGAAUGACACUAUGUAGGCUCAAUGAUAAUAGAAUCAAAAUUUUCAUGUGCCGUGAAUUUGGUUUGGUGUGCCAAAACAAACGUAGUUGGAUUCAAACGUAAUCUCGGCAAUUUUUGCCCCAUUCGACACUGGAAAUUAUAGAAUAUCGAAUAUGAUUUCGUUGAAAAUAAUCGCGGUGUUUGUUUUGCAUUUGAUUGUGGUGCGGGAAAUUAACGGAAAUCCGGAUGCAAAACGACUUUAUGAUGAUUUGUUGAGCAAUUACAAUCGAUUAAUCCGACCGGUCAGCAAUAAUACACAAACGGUUUUAGUUAAGCUUGGCUUGCGUUUGUCACAGCUCAUUGACUUGAAUUUGAAGGAUCAAAUCUUAACCACAAACGUUUGGUUGGAACACGAAUGGCAAGACUAUAAACUCAAAUGGGAUCCAUCGGAAUAUGGCGGUGUCCAAGAGCUGUAUGUCCCGUCGGAACACAUUUGGCUACCGGAUAUUGUCUUGUACAACAACGCCGAUGGAGAGUAUGUUGUAACAACGUUGACAAAGGCCGUGCUGCACUAUACGGGCAAGGUGUAUUGGACGCCGCCAGCCAUUUUCAAAUCAUCAUGCGAAAUUGACGUGAGAUACUUUCCAUUCGAUCAACAGACGUGCUUCAUGAAAUUCGGAUCAUGGACAUACGAUGGCGAUCAGAUUGAUUUAAAGCACAUAAAUCAGACGAAAGGCGACAACAAUAAAGUUGAGUUGGGUAUCGACUUGCGAGAAUUCUAUCCCAGUGUUGAAUGGGACAUUCUAGGUGUACCCGCCGAACGACACGAGAAGUACUAUCCCUGUUGUGCCGAACCGUAUCCGGAUAUCUUCUUCAACAUCACAUUACGACGCAAGACAUUAUUCUACACUGUCAACUUAAUCGUGCCGUGUGUCGGCAUUUCAUAUUUGUCGGUGUUGGUAUUUUAUUUGCCAGCCGAUUCAGGUGAGAAAAUUGCCCUUUGCAUCAGUAUUUUACUGUCGCAAACGAUGUUCUUCUUGCUGAUUUCCGAAAUUAUACCGUCAACAUCGUUGGCAUUGCCGCUGCUGGGAAAAUAUCUCCUCUUCACUAUGGUACUGGUCGGGUUGUCCGUUCUUGUAACCAUUGUCAUAUUGAAUAUACACUAUCGCAAGCCAUCUACACAUAAAAUGGCACCGUGGGUACGGAGUUUCUUCAUAAAAAUCCUGCCGACACUGCUGUUGAUGCGUGUGCCAAAAGAUUUGCUCCGUGAUUUGGCCGCAAAGAAAAUCAACUAUGGCAUCAAAAUGAAAAAAUCCAAAUUCACUGCAGCACUAACGGCCGAAAUGCAAUUAAAUUCGGGUGGAUCGAGUCCAGAUUCGAUACGAGCGAUGCAGGGACGCGGUUGCAAUGGAUUACACAGUACAAUCGCAACGAAUCGUUUUAGUGGUUUAAUGGGCGCUUUUGGCAAUGCAAGCGGCUACAAUGGAUUGCCAUCGGUGAUGUCGGGCUUAAAUGAAUCGCUGAGCGAUGUAGCACCACGCAAAAAAUACCCAUUCGAAUUGGAAAAAGCCAUGCACAAUGUCAUGUUUAUCCAGCAUCGUAUGCAGAAAGUUGACGAAUUCAAUGCGGAGGAUCAAGAUUGGGGUUUUGUUGCCAUGGUAUUGGAUCGUUUGUUUUUGUGGCUUUUUAUGGCUGCAUCAGUGUUUGGAACGUUUGUCAUCCUAUGCGAAGCACCAUCACUUUACGAUGAUACUCAACCAAUUGACACGGAAUUAUCAAUAAUUGCGAAGCAAAUUUUCAAUUUAAGUCUUCACAAUAAAUACUAAAUCUGUGCGCGAGACAACAAAACGACGAAUAUAAGUAUAUAUAUUGAGAUCGUAAAACUAACACAAUUUUAUUACAACCUCAAAUAGAUUAAAACUAUCACACUAUAGACAAA